AUGUUCACCCACCGGCCCCGGAGUCGGUCUGUGGCCACAGUUGGAGACGAUCCCAGAGGAUUAGCAGAAGAGGAGAAAGAACCAGUCCGGGUCCCUGCGAAAAACUGUGUAAUAUCCAUCACACUUACACUGGCGUUCACCUCCGAGCAGAGAGCCAGCUGCUCUGCCCACAGCCGCUGCCACUCAUUAACAGUCCCGGGACAGAGGUGGGGCCAGAGAACAGAGGUAUACUGUAUCCUGCCGAGGAAAGAGUGGAAAGACCAUGGCCCCACUCCUUCACUGAGGAGGGGCGACAGCUGCCACCUCUUCCCCCGACUCCUACGCUGCUCCUGCCUGCUCCUGUCUGCUCCUACGCUGCUCCUGCCUGCUCCUACGCUGGUCCUGCCUGCUCCUACGCUGCUCCUGCCUGCUCCUACGCUGGUCCUGCCUGCUCCUACGCUGCUCCUGCCUGCUCCUGUCUGCUCCUACACUGCUCCUGUCUGCUCCUACACUGCUCCUGUCUGCUCCUACACUGCUCCUGUCUGCUCCUACACUGCUCCUGUCUGCUCCUACACUGCUCCUGUCUGCUCCUACGCUGCUCCUGCCUGCCCCUAUGACGCUCCCAUGCUGUUCCUACGCUACUCCUGGUGUUCCUACGCUACUCCUGGUGCUCCUACGCUACUCCUGGUGCUCCUGUCUGCUCCUACGCUGCUCCUGCCUGCCCCUACGAUGCUCCCAUGCUGUUCCUGCGCUACUCCUGUCUGCUCCUACGCUGCUCCUGCCUGCCCCUAUGAUGCCUCUAUGCUGCUCCUGCCUUUCCCUGUCUGCUCUUGCCUGCUCCUACGCUACUCCUGCCUGCUCCUAUGCUGCUCCUGCCUGUUCCUAUAG